AUAAGCCUCAGGUGAGAAGCAGAUUAAAGAAAAUGAGUGUAGAAGUGUUAGAUGGUGCCACCAUUGUUAGCUUUGUGGAAGAUGAAGAAGCAUUCAACGGUUCAAUCCAUGACCGCUUCACCUGCCUUGACACAGACCAUGACGGACUCCUCUCCUAUGCAGAGUUGUUGAAGGAGCUGCAGAGUCUCAGGGUGUUCGAGACCCACUUCGGUAUUGAUGUUAAGACCGAACAAGAUGAGCUCUCCCGCGUGUACACUUCCCUCGUCGUGCAGUUCGAUCACGACUCGAAUGGAUCGGUGGAUUUUGAGGAGUUCAAGGCAGAGACGAAGCAGAUGAUGCUCGCCAUGCCAAACGGGCUAGGAUUCUUGCCCGUCCAAAUGGUCCUGGAAGAAGACAGCUUCCUCAAAAAGGCAGUUGAACGCGAGUCCUCCAGGAUAGUUGCUGCUGAACUUGUUUAA